UUCAAACAAGUCUAGGUCGCUAGGUCGCUUCAGACGUUUCUCAAAACCUUUUGCAACAGGCUGGCUGCUGUUGGGGUGCAGAGAGCAACUCCAGAGCAGAAAGGCCCUCCUCGUGAACGAAAGCGUGCUGAGCGCAGCUGUCAAGAUAUCUCAGCGGGUCGUUUCUCGCAACAUGCAAGUAGCCACUGGUCAAUUGGCUCUUGUAAGAGGGCACUGAACCAAGCAUUAAUCACUGCCGGUUGAGCGGCCCUUGGUUUUGUUGUAUCAUGGAGAGUGACGCCAGCAGCAGCAAUGAGCUGCAUGAGUUACAGAGGCGCAACGCGGAGCUGGAGGCGGAAGUGGCGCGCCUCAGCAGGCAGGUCGGACGGUUUUCUGACAACCUGGUGAAGUGCGGGUACCUGAACAAGUACCGCCCCAACAUGCGCUUCCUGGAGAAGCCCUGGGAGCUGCGCUUCUUCACGCUGCACGGCACGACGCUGUCAUACUGGAAGACGGAGCGCGACGCGGCAGACCAUCCGCGCGGGACGCACAGCGUGGCGCAGUGCAUGGUGGUUGUGGAGGGCCUGAAGAAGGGCACCUUUUUCACGUUCCGCAUCGUGGACCAAGACCAAAACAUCCUGGCGCGCCUCUCCACCAAGAACGAGGGCGACGGCAGGCACUGGGUCUCGUGCCUCGAGAGCGUGGGCUUGCCCGUGGUAUCCGACGAGCCGGACCACCCGUUUCUGGGCCAGGCCGAGGAGCCCGGCACGGCUCCGCUGCGGCCCGCGCAGAAAGCAGACGAUACGGACUCGGCCGAAAGCUCGCUGACGCACGAAAGCGUCAAGGGGGAUGGAGACGGGCUGCGGCAGCGCAAACCAGGGUCUGAUCAAUCGGCGAGCGUGUCAGGGCUCCACGUGUCAACGCAGCCCAGCGGCGAGAGUGAUCCCCGUCCCGGCCCGAGCCCGCGCAAGCGCAGCGUGGGGUACACCAUCCGUGCCGCGGCGCCCUGCCAUCGGCGGAACAAGGAAAGCCCGCUCAGCCAGUCGGCCAUCUUCCAGCAGAGCCACGCGGGGCUGUUCAACCUGAGCGUGGUGAUUCUGCUGGCGGUCAACUCGCGGCUGAUCAUCGAGAACCUGAUGAAGUACGGCCUGCUUCUACGCUUCGAGGUGUCCCACCUAACGCAGGCGCUGCGCGACUGGCCGCUCCUCGUGUGCGCGCUCAGCGUGCCGCUCUUCCCCGGCCUCGCCGUCGCCAUCGAAAAGUGGAAGGUGGCCGCGCCCGCGCUCAGCGAGAAGGUGGUCCUCGGUGUGCAUACGCUCAACAUCGUGGUGUGUCUCGUCUGGCCCGCCUGGUUCAUUCAUCGAGCACAAGCGGGGGAGUGGUCAAGUUUCGCGCUCAUGUUCGCGUCCGUGAUCACGUGGAUGAAGCUCAUCUCGUAUGCCCACACGUUAUACGACGUGCGCAUCGCGCUGGCGGCGGGGGAGCAGCUCGAGGCCGUCCCCGACGCGCAUCCCGUGCGGUACCCGGACAACCUGACGGUCAAGAACAUGUGCUACUUUCUGGCGGCGCCGACGCUGUGCUACCAGCUCGGCUACCCCCGCACGCCGCAUAUCCGAUGGCCGUGGAUCGGUCGCCAGCUUCUGAAGCUGGUAGUGUUCAGCAGCUUGCUGCUGUUCAUCAUCAACCAGUACGUGAACCCGACGGUGGCCAACAGCCCGCACCCGCUGGCCGGCAGCGCGCCACGUGUCAUCGAGCGCGUGCUCAAGCUGAGCAUCCCCACGCUCUACGUCUGGCUCUGCAUGUUCUACUGCUUCUUCCACCUCUGGCUCAACAUCGCCGCGGAGCUGCUGCGCUUCGGCGACCGCGAGUUCUACAAGGACUGGUGGAACGCGACGACGAUCGAGGGGUACUGGCGGUCGUGGAACAUGCCGGUGCACCGCUGGAUGGUGCGCCACAUUUACUUCCCCAUCAUCCGCCGCGGCCACUCCAAGGGCCUCGCCAUGACCGUCGUCUUCUUCCUCUCCGCGGUCUUCCACGAGCUGCUGAUUGGGCUGCCGUGCCACACGAUGCGGCUGUGGGCCUUCAUCGGCAUUUUGAAUCAACUGCCGCUCGUCGUCAUUACGAACCUCCUUGCGAAGCGGUACGAGUCAAAGCCAAUGAUUGGGAACAUGAUCUUCUGGGUAGUGUUCUGUGUAAUUGGUCAGCCAACCUGCGUGUUAUUAUACUACCACGACAUCAUGAACCGAAAACUGAAGCCAACGUCAGCUAUGGACAUAGCCUCCUUCGCUACUAUUUUGGGUUGACCAAAAUUGGCUUCCGAUUCUGACCCCUCAACUCAGCGCUUUUUAAAAAGUCC